CCCCGAUUCCCCAACCUGGCACGCCCGUCGCAGCGGCUUUCAGUCCCCCCAGUGCAGAAGCGUUCCCCAGCGGCUGCAUCCCGGCGCUCAGCGCUCUCCGCCUACCUGGGUCCGCAGCACGUGUAGUGCAACUCAUCACUGGAACGCCUUUGCAUUAGCUGCAUCCUGGAAGAAGCUCUGUGAUGUGUGGGUCAUGAGUUUGCUCUGGCAGAUUGGACUCUUAACAAGGAACAGCUAGAUUUGAAGACGAGGAUGGAAGAGCCAGCACCAGUGGAAGGCCAGAGUCAGCUCCCAAGCCCCUACUACAGCUCCCUGAGGAAAGCCAUGGCAGCUGCUCUGGUCCUUGAUGGGGAAUCCACCAUGGGGCGCAGGAAAAAGAAGAAGAAAGAGCCCCGCCCAGAAUCUAUCAUCAUCUACCGGUCAGAGAGUGAGACCCUGGAUGAGGAGCCUGGGGAAUCAGAAGGUGGGGAUCAGCCUAAAGAGGAGGAGGGAGAGGAUUUCCUAGACUAUCCUGUGGAUGAUGGUGUGUGGAACGUGCCCGUGGACAGCCGCUAUGUCACAUUAACUGGGACCAUCACCCGAGGAAAGAAAAAGGGGCAGAUGGUAGACAUCCACGUCACCUUGACAGAGAAGGAACUGCAGGAGCUCACCAAGCCCAAGACAUCGUCAAGGGAAACGACGCCUGGAGGCAGAGAGGCCUGCCAGCUGGGAGCGGACCGUGGGCCACACGUGGUGCUCUGGACGCUGGUCUGCCUGCCUGUGGUUUUCCUCCUCUCCUUUGUGGUCUCUUUCUACUAUGGUACCAUCACUUGGUACAAUAUCUUCCUCGUGUACAACGAGGAGAGGACCUUCUGGCACAAGAUCUCAUGUUGCCCCUGCCUUAUCCUCUUCUAUCCAGUGCUCAUCAUGGCCAUGGCCUCUUUCCUGGGCCUCUACGCGGCCGUGGUCCAGCUCUCAUGGUCCUGGGAAGCCUGGUGGCAAGCUGCCCGGGACAUGGAGAAAGGCUUCUGUGGUUGGCUAUGCAGUAAGCUGGGUCUGGAAGACUGUUCUCCCUAUAGCAUUGUGGAGUUGCUUGAAUCAGACAAUAUCUCAGGCAAUCUGUCCAACAAGGAUGCCACCCAGGAGGUAGAAACAUCCACUGUCUAAACUCCCAAUGACUUAUUUCAUUGUCUGGUCUCAGUAGCCUGUUUAUCAUCUUCCAAUUCCAGAUACUCCUUGUUUAAAAUAUUCCUCCUCUCCCCACCAUACACUGUCCUUCUGGAAAAUUUUAGCCCACACUUAUCUGUCCUGCCAUCUUGUUGGUUUCCAGGAGGGCAGGAAAUGGAAAAGCAAUUUGUGCCCAAAUAGUCCAUCUAAUGGAUAAAUUCUUCUUUGUUCCUUACCUAAGAUAACCCUUUAUCUUAGGAAGUUCAGGUGUGCAACAGUUCAGGAGCUUGAAGGUAUUCCUGGUGCCUGGAACCCAGGUUAGUAUGUGACUAAAUGUGACAGGGAGAAUAAGGAGGCUCAGGGAAGACCAAAUCCACUAAUAAGACAAUAGAUAGUGAUGGAGUGAAACAUAUAAGAAGCAGGGUUGCUACAGUGUAGCAGAAUGUAAGAAUUUGUGUGUAUCACUUAGAUUUUGAUUUAUACCUUAAAUAUAAUUGAAGUCCAAAUAUCAGUAGUUUAAACAAGACAAAAGUCUGUUCUUUACUGUACAGAAGAAGUCUGGAGGCAGACCAUCAGGGAAACUGAUGAAGUCAUCAGAGUUCCAGGCUUGCUUUUUAUUUCCCAACCCUCAUUGCCUUUAUCCUCAGCUCCCAGCGCUGACUACAUCUCCAGUCAUCCCAUGCUUCAGAAUAGAGGACAGGGCAGAGAAGAGCACAUAUACUCUCCUAAGGUAAGGAGGUUUCCCAGGAGCCCCUCUCAACACUUCUGUCUCAAUG